AUGUCGGCGACAGGGAAGACGGGAGUUAAAAGGAAGGCGCAGACCAUUGAGUUUAAGUACCAAGCGAUUCUUGAAGUGGAAAAAGGCAACAGAUCACAGACGCAGAUUGCAAAAGAUCUUGGGAUCAGUACAAGCACAUUGGGCACUUGGCUGUCAAAGAAAGAAACAAUUAAGCAGGGCUUUUUUGAUUACGGGCCAAAACGGAAGUCCAUGAAAACUUGCAAAUGGGAUGAAUUAGAGACAGCUCUGUUGAAAUGGUUUAGCAAUGCAAGAGAUCAAGGUGCCAUCGUAUCAGGACACAUUCUAAUGCAGAAAGCAGAUCAGUUUGCCGAAAGUUUGGGCAUCCAGGAUUUUCAAGCAAAAGCUGGCUGGCUAUCCAGAUUCAAAGACAGACAUAACAUUUCUUUCAGAUCUGUCUGUGGUGAAGCAAAAUCCGUUGACACAAACACGGAUGCAAUGAAGCAAUGGGAAGGCAGCUUGUCUGCAUUGCUGGAAAAGUACGACCCAGAAUGCAUCUACAAUGCCGAUGAAACCGGGAUCUUUUACAAGAUGCUUCCGGACAAGACCUUAGAGUUUAAGAACGUUGAUUGUAGUGGUGGCAAAAGAUCAAAAGAACGGCUCACUGUCCUGGUCUGUGCAAACAUGACAGGAACUGACAAAUUGCCACUCUUUGUCAUUGGGAAGAGCGCUAAGCCACGCUGUUUCAAAAACAAACAAACUCUACUGACGAAAUACAGCAGUAAUGCUAAAGCUUGGAUGACGUCAGAGAUAUUUAUCGCUUGGUUGAAAGAUCUUGAUGCUGCAUUGAAUAAAAGACGCCGCAAUAUUGCCUUGGUAGUGGACAACUGCCCUGCCCACCCAAACUUCAAGAAGUUGGAGCAUAUAGAACUGGUGUUUCUUCCCCCCAACACGACCAGUAAAACACAGCCAAUGGAUCAAGGAGUAAUCCAAAAUCUAAAAGUUCACUAUCGGAAGCGCGUCGUGAUACGCCAAGUGGCAGCGAUUGAAAAUAAGGAGGAGUUCACUAUCAAUGUCCUGGAUGCCCUCAGAUUCCUCCAACAGUCAUGGGAGUGUGUUACCUCAACAACCAUUAGCAACUGCUAUAGGCACGCUGGCUUCAGCACUGAGAGACUUGAAACCCCACAAGAGGCAGAGACGCUAGAUGAUGAGGAUGAGCUUGAUGACAUACCUCUUGCAAAGUUGGUCACAAUGGGUUACAGAGAUACCCUCUCUGAUUUCAUACAGUUCUCCGAGGAUUUGCCCACAUCCGAAGCUUUGACCGACGACGCCAUUGUCUCGAGUGUCAUAGAGUGCAGACAGGAAGUGGACGCCGAUGCCGAUGAAGACGACGACGAUGUCUCUAAUACGCCAACCAGAACUGUAGACGACGCAAUGCAGGCCUAA